AUGACUGAUUCAGUUCGCCCAGAUACUCUAGACCAGCUGAGAGGCAGACCGUCUGUGUUCACGAGUGAUAUUGGUGACGCGGACAAAGAGUUGCUAGAGCCAGAGCGCGAAACGGUGCGACGCCGCGUCUCUUGGGGCAACUCUGGAGGUCGGCCGAGUAUGCAACGGAGCUGUGUGAGCUCGGGUGAGGAGUCGGAGGAGGAGAGUGGACAAAGAGAGAAGAGUGCGGAAGAGGAGUCGGAGGAGGAGAGUGGACAAGGAGAGAAGAGUGCGGAAGAGGAGUCGGAGGAGGAGAGUGAGAGGAGAGAGAAAAGUGCGUCGAGAAAGAGACGGAGACAGAGAGGUUUGCUGAGCAGUGACAGCGAGCUCGAAGUUAACUCGAGCUGCGAGUUUAACUCAGCGAACCUGACGUCAUCCGAACGCCGGAAAAGAUCAGCCGACUCGCUCAGGGCUUUGGAGUUCCUGAAGCAUUGGGAGCUCCAGUUCUCGGGCGAGAGUGAUCACGAGGAGGCGGAGGAGUUCUUUGAUCGACUGUGUGAGUGCAGAGUAGCGUUAGCGGUGCCAGACCGCGAGCUGCUAGCAGUGUUGCCGUGCAUUUUCAAGUUGCAGGCAAGCCGCUGGUAUCGGGCGAAGAGAAAGAGCCUGCGAACAUGGGAGAUGUUCUGCCGGGCCUUUCGUCGCCGAUACAUGGUUCCGUAUUGUCGGGAGGAUUUGGAGGAAGAUCUGCGCAAGCGAACGCAGCACAGAGAAGAGAAGAUUGCGGCGUAUAUCGCGAGUCUUCAGUAUCUGGCUUCGCGCUUUCGCCGACCUCCAUCCGAACGUGAUUUGCUUCGUAUCGCAUAUCAGAACCUCCUUCCGGAAUACCGGAGAGCUAUUGGCGAAAAGUGCGUCAACAGCUGGGAGGAGUUGGAGAGGUACGGCCGACGCUGGGAGCGGCUAAAAGAGUUAGAUAGCCGUUACGCACCUCCGCUGCCAGCGGAGAAGAUGCGCGUUCCCGGUGCGGCGUACAAGGAGGAAGGAGAGACCCAGAGAGCCGCUGCAGUCGAGAGGACAGAGCAUGCAGGCCCUGGUGACGAGUUGCCUUCUAUCGAGGUUGAGGAGAGGACGAGUGAGAGAAAGAGAGCUACCGUAUGGCGCGGCCUGGUGCGUCCGACCGCUAUUGCCGUGGCUCGAGGGGAGAGGCGAGGAGAUGGUGCGUGCUUCACCUGCUGUAAAGUGGGGCACCGGGGAUUGAAUUGCCCGGAGAUGAUCGGCUGGGCAUGCCAACAAAAAGGACAUUCACGAAGGGAAUGUCCUGCGCGUAGGCAAUUGCCACAGACAUCAUGA